ACCCUUUUAACUUAGGGUUGAGUAAGGUUCUUGGAGUCUUGGGUUCUGCCCAUCCCUAAUUGUAAUAGCUACCUGGCCUACGUCUAAGCAAAAGGCAAGAAUACGUGUACGUCUUCCUUCCCAAUGAACACUCUUGUGAAGUGGAUAAUACUAAUAAUGAAAUUAAACCAAUAAAACAAAGAGAAAUAAAAAAAGAAGAUAGAAAUCAAGAGGCAAAGAAGUUGUUUGUACAACAACAUGGCUGUUUCUCAGGUUUCUGCUUCCUUCAACCUCUCCGUCUAUGAUGCAUCUACUCCUAAAUCUCCAAUUCUUAGUACAUUUUUUAAGUUGCCCACCUCGAAUUUUGGUCGAAUUGCUACAUCUUUCAUCAGGGGUUCUCCACUUGUGAUACAGACAAACCAUGCUCGGUUGAAAGCCACACAGAAAGCAAAAUUGGGAUCCAUAAAGUGUGAGCAAAGUGCAGGAGGAAAUAGCUUGGAUGUAUGGUUGGGAAGGAUUGCAAUGGUCGGCUUUGCUGUGGCAAUUACUGUUGAAAUAUCAACAGGCAAGGGGCUUCUUGAGAACUUUGGGCUCACAUCUCCGUUACCAACUGUGGCCUUGGCGGUAACAGGACUGGUCGGUGUUCUGACGGCUGUCUUCAUAUUCCAAUCUGCUUCAAAGAAUUGAAUAUCAGCAGCUAGUUUUUCUCAUAAUUUUUUUCAUUUUGUGUUAGUUUUCAUGUUGUACGGAUACACUGACUGGUUCAACCAGAAGAACUCACCUUUUGUAUAAAAAGUGCAUUUUGUAAACAUAUCUGCUUUGAAGAUUUUGCUGAA